CGCUGGUGGGGAGUGGCGGGGGCCUGGGUGGGAAGGGGCGUGUGCCAGCGCACGCGCGCUCCUCCCGAGAAGGCGAGGUCUCACUGCAAGAACGAUCGGCCCGGGUUUUUCAGAAGGGACUAUCAGGGGUGUCCGAGAGCGGCAGGGCCGCACGGUGCCGAGUGGAGGAAGCCGGCUCCAUGGCGGCCCUCCUGCUGCUGCCCCUGUUGCUGCUGUUGCCGCUGCUGCUGCUGAAGCUGCACCUCUGGCCGCAGUUGCGCUGGCUCGCGGCAGACUUGGCCUUCGCGGUGCGCGCCCUUCGCUGCAAAAGGGCUCUUCGAGCUUGUGCGCGGGCCGCGGCUGCCGCCGACCCGGAAGGUCCCCAGGGGGGCUGCAGCCUGGCCUGGCGCCUAGCGCAACUGGCCCAGCAGCGCCCUGCGCACACCUUUCUCAUUCACGGCGAGCGUCGCUUUAGCUACGCCGAGGCGGAGAGCCAGAGUAACCGGGCUGCGCGCGCCUUUCUGCGUGCCUUGGGCUGGGACGGGGGACCCAGCGGCGGCGCUAGGAGCGCUGGGGGGGGCGAGCGGGCGGCGCAGGGCGCCGGAAACGCAGCGGCGCUAGCGGAGUGUGGAGGGGACGGGGAAGCCACGGGACGAGCCGCGGUCCCUCUGGCACCUGGAGCGACCGUGGCGCUGCUCCUCCCCGCCAGCCCAGAGUUCCUGUGGCUGUGGUUCGGGCUGGCCAAGGCGGGGCUGCGCACGGCCUUUGUGCCCUCCGCCCUGCGCCGCAGCCCCCUGCUGCACUGCCUCCGCAGCUGCGGCGCGCGCGCGCUGGUGCUGGCGCCAGAGUUUCUGGAGUCCCUGGAGCCUGACCUGCCAGCCCUGAAAGCCAUGGGGCUCCAUCUCUGGGCUGCAGGCCCUGGAACCCACCCUGCUGGAAUCAGAGAUUUGCUGUCUGAAAUGUCGGCUGAAGCGGAUAGGUCGGUGCCGGGAUACCUCUCUGCCCCCCAGAGCAUGAUGGACACGUGCCUGUACAUCUUCACCUCUGGCACCACCGGUCUCCCCAAGGCUGCUCGGAUCAGUCAUGUGAAGAUCCUGCAAUGCCAGGGGUUCUACCAGCUGUGCGGCGUCCGCCAGGAGGAUGUGAUCUACCUCGCCCUCCCACUCUACCACAUGUCUGGCUCCCUGUUGGGCAUUGUGGGCUGCUUGGGCAUUGGGGCCACAGUGGUGCUCAAGUCCAAGUUCUCAGCUGGUCAGUUCUGGGAAGACUGCCAGCAGCACAGGGUGACGGUGUUCCAGUACAUCGGGGAGUUGUGCCGAUACCUUGUCAACCAGCCCCCGAACAAGGCGGAACAUGGCCAUAGGGUCCGGCUGGCAGUGGGCAGCGGGCUGCGCCCAGACACCUGGGAGCGUUUUGUGCGACGCUUUGGGCCCCUGCAAGUGCUGGAGACAUACGGGCUGACAGAGGGCAACGUGGCCACGUUCAACUACACAGGACAGCGGGGUGCUGUGGGACGUGCUUCCUGGCUUUAUAAGUGCAUCUUCCCCUUCUCUUUGAUUCGCUACGAUGUCACCACAGGGGAGCCGAUUCGGGAUGCCCAGGGGCACUGCGUGGCCACAUCUCCAGGUGAGCCAGGGCUGCUGGUGGCCCCAGUGAGCCAGAAUUCCCCAUUCCUGGGCUAUGCUGGGGGACCAGAGCUGGCCCGGGGAAAGCUGCUGAAUGACGUCUUCCGGCCUGGAGAUGUUUUCUUCAACACUGGGGACCUGUUGAUCUGCGAUGACCAAGGCUUUCUUCGCUUCCAUGAUCGUACUGGAGAUACCUUCAGGUGGAAGGGGGAGAAUGUGGCCACAACCGAGGUGGCAGAGGUCUUCGAGGCCCUGGAUUUUCUUCAGGAGGUGAACGUCUAUGGAGUCACUGUGCCAGGGCAUGAGGGCAGGGCUGGAAUGGCAGCCCUGGUUCUGCGUCCCCCCCACUCUUUGGACCUUGUGCAGCUCUACAGCCAUGUUUCUGAGAACUUGCCACCUUACGCCCGGCCUCGAUUCCUAAGGCUCCAGGAGUCUUUGGCCACCACAGAGACCUUCAAACAGCAGAAGGUCCGGAUGGCAAAUGAGGGCUUUGAUCCAGGUGCAUUGUCUGACCCCCUCUAUGUUCUGGACCAGGCUGUGGGUGCCUACCUGCCCCUCACACCUGCCCGGUAUGGAGCUCUCCUGGCUGGGGACCUUCGAAUCUGAGACCUUCUGUACACAGAGUGCCUGAGGGAGGGACUUUGUGGAAUGGGGGCCAUUGCAGGCACACCAGGGGCUGUCAGAGAUCUUCUAUAUACCAGAUUUGUAUUCAUUAUUUUGUAAUAAAUGGGAUGGAGCCAGUCUGGCUCUGUCUCUCUGAUUUGUC